UUUUAUCGCUGGCUGUCCAGACGGAAGGUGCUGAAACGCUUUGUCGCGUGUCUGGAAGAAGUGAAAACUUUCCUGGGCAGCAAAGGGCUCACCUUUCCUGAGCUGGAACAGCCAGAGUGGCUGGAAAAGCUACACUUCAUGGUAGACAUGACAGCGCACCUGAACACGCUGAACACAGCUCUUCAGGGGAAAGGACGUACAGCCCUGCACAUGUUGGAGGAUGUUUUGGCAUUCGAGCGCAAGUUGACAGUGCUUGCCAGAGAUUUACAGAAAGGCACUUUGUCUCACUUCCCCAAUUUGAGAGAGUUCAAACAAGGUCACGACAUGAUAAUUUCGGAGUAUUUACAUUCUGCAAUCAUCGCAAUGCAAACAUCGUUUGGGAAACGCUUCUGUGAGUUCAGAGAGGAAAAAAACACAUUAUCCUUCCCGGUCACUCCCUUAAGCAUCGAUCCUUCCCUACUGAAUACGACUGCAUUGGCAGGUGUGAGUCAACCUGAUCUUGAGAUGGAACUGGCCGACAUAGCCGACAAAGACAUAUGGGUGUCCAAGUUUAGACGCUUGACAGCAGACCUUGAAGAUGUUGCCCGUCAGAAGGCCGUUCUUGCUCAGAAACACAAAUGGAGUGAUAUUGAAAACCUCACAGAUGACAGCUUGCGAUCCUGUGUAAAGAUGAAGGUGACAUCAUACAGCCCUGAUGUGCAGACGCUGUGCGCUGAGGUCCAGGAGCAGAAAUCCCAUUAACCAAGAUGACAGCUGGCUGACGUUAUUUUUGGUUUGCUGCUGGCGGAAAAUUUAAGUUCGGCGUUUUUCAUAAAUACAAGAAGGACUCAAAUAGACAUUGAGUAUUUUACUUAAAAGUAACUUUCAACCCAACGUCUUUUUUUCGGAGUUCAAAAUGUUUUUGUUGCAUGCAGAAAUGUAAUUUCGUUUUCUCUGCAGGAGUUCAU